AUGGUGGUGUCCUAUGGUGGUGGAUAUGGUGGUGGCCUAAAUGAUGGCUACGACGUCAGUGGUGUGUGCAUCGGUAGCAGUGUGGCCCAGUUGAGUGGAGAACCGGCAUUUGCGAAGGUUGUAGCUGGACUUGCUGUCGUGGUCAGUGCAUUGCCACCAUCCUCGCUGCUGUUUUAUCCAUCACUAUUGCCGGUGACAUUGGUUACGGCCUUGGGUACGGCAGUGGCUACGGCAGUGGCUACGGUGGUGGCUACGGUGGUGGCUACGCCGGAGGAUACGGCGGAGGCUACAGCAGUGGCUACGGCAGCAGGCUACGGUGGCGGCUAUGGCCUGGGAUACGGCGGAGGCAUAGGUGUCGGCGGCGUUGGCAUCGGAAGCAGCGUGGCUCUUCUUCGAGGAGGACCUGGACUAUAUAAGGCUGUGGCUGGCCCAGCUUUUUUGGUCAGAACCGUGCACGAAGUGAACAAGAUUUCCGGUGGUGGGGCACUACUCGCCCAUUCUGGCCUCGGUGGAGGCUACGGAUACGGUGGCGGUUACGGAUAUGGUAGCGGUUACGGAUACGGUGCCGGCUAUGGAUACAGCGGUGGCUAUGGAUAUGGCAGGCUACGGUUACAAGGGUUGAUUGUGCGACCAUUCUGUAGGGAACUUGAGCAACUAGACUUCUUAUGGACGCCAUAA